AUGAGUACUGUGGAGAUACCGGCUGGUUUGAGGGAGCUGCUGCAGGGAUACACGGUGGAGGUGCUUCGUCGCAGGCCUCUUAACUUGGUUGAAUUUGCGGUGCAGCAUUUUACAACGAUUCUGGAGGGCCAAAAAAAUGACCAAAAGGGCCAGAAAAAACGCAGCUUCAAAUCCUCACGGAAAGGAGUGACCUUUGAACCAAAGUCAAAUAAGGAAGAUGAGGAGGAGGAAGAGACUGUUACAAGUAAAUACAACCGCAGAGUUUCAGUCUGUGCAGAGGCGUAUAACCCCGAUGAUGACGAGGACGACGACUCAGAGCCUCGGGUUGUGCAUCCCAAAACAGACGAGCAGCGCCGCAGACUCCAGGACGCCUGCAAAGACAUUUUACUGUUUAAAACACUUGAGCCGGAGCAGUUCUCAGAGGUGUUGGACGGCAUGUUCGAGGUGUUGGUCAAACCUCAGGAACACAUAAUCGACCAGGGAGAGGAUGGAGACAAUUUCUACGUCAUUGAGAAGGGUGUGUAUGACAUUUUCGUGGAGAAGGAUGGAGCGAAUGUGUGUGUAGGAAAAUAUGACAAUAAAGGGAGUUUCGGCGAGCUGGCUCUCAUGUACAACACACCAAGAGCGGCUACCAUUGUUGCAACACAGGAGGGCGCUCUGUGGGGGUUGGAUCGAGCCACAUUUCACAGACUCAUUGUUAGAAAUAAUGCAAAGAAGAGGAGGAUGUACGAGGCCUUCAUUGAGUGUGUUCCUCUUCUGAAGUCUCUGGAGCUCUCUGAGAGGAUGAAGAUUGUAGAUGUCUUGGGAGCUCGAGUGUUCAAAGACGGAGAAUGCCUAAUAAGACAAGGGGACGAGGCUGACUGUUUUUACAUUGUUGAAUCGGGAGAGGUUAAGAUCAUGAUAAAAAGCAAAACAAAGGCAGGCCAGCUGGAUAACUCUGAGGUGGAGGUGGCUCGUUGCUCUCGGGGACAAUAUUUCGGGGAGCUGGCGCUGGUCACCAACAAACCUCGAGCAGCAUCAGUUUAUGCUGUUGGAGAAACCAAAUGUUUAGUAAUUGACAUCCAGGCCUUUGAACGUUUGCUGGGACCCUGUAUGGACAUCAUGAAGAGGAAUAUUUCCCAGUAUGAAGACCAGCUGGUGGCACUCUUUGGUUCCAGUGUAGAUUUAAAACACUAGAUAUGGAAUUUUAUAACAAAGUAGUAUUUUAGUUUAACAUAGUAGCAGUGCAUACAACAUGAUUCUUCCCUUUGAUGUAAACAGAACAUACAGCCUUUUCUGUUUUAUAUUUUGUUGGUUGGUCUUGUUUGCCCCCAUUGCUAACAAUAUAAUUUGGCUAACUGAUUUAUGGUGGCCGAUAAUGCCACCUGGAGCUGCCAAACCAAAUACAAGCUAAGGAUGGAGCAAAGGUAUUCUGGGCUUUUCUUUAAUAAUACAUUUCAAAUACAAAUUCAUUUGAGUUUAUUUUACUCAGCUGGUCAGGCAUGGACUGAUGAUUCAAUAAUACUGUCCAAGU